CGGGCGGAUGUGCUCCGAGCAGCAGAAAGGGUUUGGUCCUGUCCGUGCUCGUCGCCGGGGUGUCGCCGGUUCGUCGGUGGCCGGCUGACGGCGCUGCUGCGGGGGCUCGUGGAUGCACGCGCCGGCCGGAUGUGCGGUUCUCCUCUGCGGUCCGCCAAAAUGUCUGAUGUCAACAAGACUGUUCAGAAAUGGCACGCCAGUUUUAGAAAAGGCACAGAUUUCGACUCAUGGGGACAAUUAGUGGAGGCUAUCGAUGAGUACCAAAUUCUGGCACGACAGCUGCAGAAAGAAGUCCAAUCGACAAAUUCUUCAGACUUCACAGAGGAACAGAAGAAAACACUGGGGAAGAUUGCAACAUGCUUGGAGAUGAGAAGUACCAGUUUACAGUGCACACAGUCAGCGGAGGAGUUCAAGUUAGAAGACCUGAAGCAACUUGAAAGCAUUAUUAAAAAUUUACUGACAUACAACAAAGAAUUCCCCUUUGAUGUCCAGCCAGUGCCCUUAAGGAAAAUCCUCGCUCCAGGUGAAGAGGAGAACCUAGAGCUCGAUGAGGAGGAAGAUGCUGCAGCAGGAGGAGGUUCUCCGGAAGCUUUUCCUCCACGAGAGCCUGGUACUUUGUUGCCACGGUUACCCUCAGAACCUGGAAUGACGCUACUUACAAUAAAGAUUGAAAAAAUUGGCUUGAAGGAUGCGGGGCAAUGCAUCGAUCCUUACAUGACCAUUAGCGUCAAAGAUUUGAAUGGUGUAGAUUUGAACCCUGUGCAGGAUACACCUGUGGCCACCAGAAAGGAAGAUACCUAUAUUCACUUCAGUGUGGAUGUUGAGAUCCAGCGACAUAUUGAGAGAUUACCCAAAGGAGCCGCCAUCUUCUUUGAAUUCAAGCACUACAAGCCGAAAAAAAAGUUCACCAGUACAAAAUGCUUCGCCUUCAUGGAAAUGGAUGAGAUCAAGCCCGGCCCCAUUGUCAUUGAGCUGUACAAAAAGCCCACUGACUUCAAGAGGAAGAAACUUCAGCUCCUAACAAAGAAACCACUCUAUCUCCAUCUUCAUCAGACACUGCAUCAGGGACAGCUAAGUUAGCCACAUGGAGCUUGUUUUAAAGGGGUCCUAUUGCACAGAAUAAUUUUGAUCUACCUUUUACAGCUAAAUAUCUUUGGGAUUUUAUGGUUAACAUCCUGAAAGUCUCACAAUUCUGUGGCCGUGCAUUGAGAAACUCUGCUGCUAUAAGCGAAAUGUACGCCUGAAAUGCCUCGUUUAAGACUUCUGGGACAUACGUCACACAGAAUUCUGCACCUCUAGCAUAGUCUGUGAGAUACGCCCACACAGUCCACAGGGUAGUAAUGGGAUGUUCAGACAUCACAUCGCUCCUGCCCCAACCAACCUUUGGAAAGGGGGCGUGGCAAGCAUUUGAUGCAGACCCGAAUCUGUCCACUGUAUACGGUGCAUGAUCUCUGUGUCUAUGGGGUAAGACGAUUAAUAUCUAUUUUUUAAGACAGGUUUAUGGACAUUAGUUUGCUAUUAAGGUGUAUAAUAUGAUCCCUUUAAAGCACAACGCUUACAUCUACCAAAAUGUUUGUCACAUCCAGCAAUACUGAAUCAGUCUUAAGUCGUUUUGUUCCGUAAUCGGAUGGAACUGAGCCAAACGUAAGGAACACCUCCGACCAGCUGAUUACUUUGGAAUUUUCAUUUCUUUAAUCUUCUGUCCCCAGGCGCAUCACUUCGAUCUGCAAAGACACAAAAAAAAACUCCCACAGUGGCAGACAUAAAUUGGCGUACACCCUGGCUAAAACUUAGAAAAGUCGCAUGCAUUUUCUCAAUUGCACAUAUUCCAUUGUGUCAAAGACACCAAGAAUAAUGGUGACUUUAUUCCCGUCUAAUUAAGUCUCAGCACAUUGAUUCUGAUUGUCGGCUUUAAUUAUGAAAGUUGCAAUUUGAUAUACAGUAGAUGCACUUUUAUAAACCGUCCAGCAGAUACCAGUGUUCAGCAUAUAUUUUCUGGACUCCAGGGUCAAAUGUUAAAACUAGGUUUUUCACAUUCCUUCCUCCAGUGUUUGGAGUUCACCAUGACUCAUAUGUUGGCACCAUCCCCAGUCACACGUUCUAUCUAUUGUUGAAUUCUGGUUUUACUUUCCCAUUUCUUUUAGAUUACAUGUAUUUUAGCACACCAACAAGCACACGUGUUCAGCCGGUGCCAGACAGUACAUUUGUUUUGGACCACAGCUGUUCCUAAUUUUCCAUAAUCCAUCCAACAGGUGGCAGACAUGUCCAUUCUGUUUUGUCAUUACCAACAAUGAAACAUGGCGCGACACGAUGGAGCCUAUGUGCAAAAUUGUUGGAAGAGUUCUGGUUUGUAUUUAUCUCUAUGUGAGAUCUUUCAGGAAUGACUUUCUGAAGAUUGCCAAAUGUUAGAACACUGUCAACAAGGCAACUACGACUGUCAGUAACUUUUUCACGUUUUGUUUGCUUGACUGUUCAGGGAAAGCGAAAAUAACAGAGUAAAGAGAACAGUCCCAAACGGGAGUUCUCACAAUUUUGCGCACGAAGUGCUGGUUAUAGUGUAGUGAGUUACAACUUGAUAAGACACCAGAACCCAAUUUACAUAAGAAAAUUUUCAAUGAAAACUGGAAUUAAAGGAAAGAUAGAAUGUGUGGCUGGGGAUAGUUCUACAACUUUUCAUAUUAGUGAGGGCUAACUUGAAACAAUGCUUUGAAAUGUUUUGAAACAUUUGAAACACCUGUGUUUUGGACAUUGUUUUAGAGUCUUGAUGAAAUUUCUGUACAAAGCUGAGAGCUGAAAUAUAUAAGAGGAAAAUAAAACUGGAGUUAAAGAAUCGAUGGAAUGUGUGGCUGUAGAUUGUGCCAAAA